AUGAAUUAAGAGAUUAUACAUUUAGAGGAAUUGAAACAUGUUGAAAUUUAAUUGAUGUAAUAGGUAUAUGAAUAGAAAGUAAUGAUAAUUGAGUAAUGAAUUUAGAUCAAUUAUUUAAAUACAAAGUUAUAAUUAUUGACAAAGGAAAUGAAUAAGAAAGAUUAAGAGAUUAUGAGAAUUGGUUAAUAAAAUUAAGAUGUAAAUAAGAUAAAGAUAGAGUAGAGUUAGAUGGAUUUAGAAGCUGAGAAACAAUAUUAGAAGGAGUAUUUGAAUACUUUAUAUUUGGAGAAGGAUUUGGAAGUGGACAAAUUAAAGAAUUAAUAUAGUAAAGAUGUUUAGAAUUGUCAGAUUUUAUUGGGUAAUAGGGAUAAGAUAAUAGAGGAGUUAAGUAGUGAAUUACAAUAACAUAGAUAGAAAUCUUUAAAGUAUAUGGACAAUUAGAAAAUUUAAUGUUUAUCAUAAAUUCUUGAUUUGUCUAGUGAAUUAUAAUUAUUAUUAUGAUUAUGACUCUAUAAAAAAUUAAAUUUUAUAUAAAUCUAUUUUGAAUUCUAGUAAAUAUGUAAGUAUUAAAUAAUACAAAAUGAAUCAAAGAGAAUAAUAGUAAUUCAAUAAUAAUUAGGUGAGAGUAUAAGAAAUAAAAAAAAAGAUUCAAAAGCCUUAAUUCCAAUAACUUUACUCCUCUACAUAUUUGAGAGAAGGUAUUAUUUCAUAGAAUCUCAAUUUUAUGAACUUAAAAUUUAUGCCAUUUCAUUAAUGGUUUACCAAAAAUUAAAAAGUAAUUAAACCAAAAAAUUGGUUUGAUGACAUACCUAUUUUGGUAGGAGUGGAUGAAAUUAAAGAGUCAGAGUAAAUAUAUUAUAAGCAAAAGUAGAAUAUGCUCUAUAUGUUUAUAAGAGAUUAAUGAAGGAAAAUUAAUUAAAAUCCUAAAAUGCAAUCAUUAUUUCCAUGAUGAUUGUAUAAAGGAAUGGGUUUUAAGAAAAGCAGAGUGUCCUACUUGUAGAGACAAUAUUCAUUGA